AUACAUUAUCAAGUCAUAACAGAAAGUUUAUGGAUUUUGCUUUAUACAUCUUCAAUGACUUGUUAGUUUCUACGGUGAAAUUAACUUGCUUCGCUAUAACUUCUGAAACCAAGAACAAGCAUGUUUUGAGGGAGAUGACCACUGGUUUGCUCCCGUCCCUGCCUUGGCCUGUGUUUUGAAAACGCAUGCAUGUCCUGAUCUUCACUGCACAUUGUGUCUGUCCUCCUUCCACAUGGACUUGGACGCAUGGGGAUCUUCACCUUCACUGUCCCAAAUGUCUGUUCCCUAUCACGGUAGCAUGCACCAGAGCAACACUGGCCCAGAGGAGGAGCCUACAAAUGAGGGCUCUGAGUUCCAGGCACAGCUGGAUCAGUUCCGGAAGCUGGGAUUCUCUAGUGCCCAAGUCCGGGCUGUACUUAUGAAACUAGGGUGCCAAAAAGACACAAACAGGAUACUGGGGGAGCUGAUACAGGCAGGGGUUGAGACAGAGGAGAAAGAAGAGCCCCAUGUUUCAACGGCACUACUGUCUCGUGAAAACGGCACUGACAAGGGUCAUGGCAGUCUUGCACCCUGUAAAAGCACCUUGCCCUCACCCACAGACCGUGAGGAAGUUGCCAGCAAUAGCAAUGACCUCAGACCAAUCGUGAUCGACGGCAGCAAUGUAGCCAUGAGUCAUGGAAACAAGGAAGUUUUCUCCUGCCUAGGAAUUCAGCUAGCAGUGAAGUACUUCUUGGACCGAGGCCACACAGACCUUACUGUUUUUGUGCCAUCCUGGAGGCGGGAGCCACCCAGGCCAGAUGUACCAAUCACAGACCAGCGCAUCCUGCGGGAACUGGAGAGGAGAAAGAUCCUGGUUUUCACUCCGUCGCGGCGUGUAGCGGGAAAGCGGGUGGUCUGCUACGACGACCGCUUCAUUGUCAAGCUGGCAUUUGAGUUGGACGGCAUCAUCGUGUCCAACGACACUUACCGUGAUCUGCAGGCGGAGAAUCCUGAGUGGAAGCGCUUCAUCGAGGAGAGGCUCCUCAUGUUCUCCUUUGUCAAUGACAAGUUCAUGCCCCCAGAUGACCCACUUGGGAGACACGGACCUACUAUCGACAACUUCCUGCGCAAGACUCCACGAGCUCCGAAGAGACUUCCCUGCCCUUACGGUAAGAAAUGCACAUAUGGGAUCAAGUGUAAGUUCAGCCACCCUGAGCGUGCCAGGCAGCCUCAACGCUCUUUGGCAGAUGAGCUGAGGGAGAAAGCCAAGUCAGUUGCGUCACCACAAAGAGCACCCUCUUCAGGCUUGGCGUCUGCGCACUCCACAUCUCUGGAGGAGGUGUUGGAGCAGAAACUGGUUCUGGACCGGACCGGACCUCUCAAAAGUGGCCACACCAGCGAGAAUGUGCCGGUACUGAAGAGUGGGCUGCGAUCUGCUCACAGGAAGUCUCUUCAAAAGCGCGAGCGGCUGGGUCACUACUUGCUGGACUCUUCCCAUGCUUCCUCCCAGGAGCUCCUGGACUCCACCCACACUUCCUCCCAGGAGCUCCUGGACUCCGGGCUGGGCUCAUACGAGUGCCACUGCACGGAGCUUCGCAGUGGCCGCAAUGAGCACACAUGCAAAGGGGAGCUCUGGAAGCCCAAGCCCCGGGCUGGCCGGAGGUCUGGUAGCCAGUCCUGCAGCUGCUGCUUCUUAGAUCAGUCCAUGAGCUCCAGCUCAGGCUGCCAGCACCACAGCAUUGGCUUGGGUACCUCACAAAACCCAGGUGCAGCCUCCUACUGCCAACCUCGAUAUCACUCAUAUAGCGGAACCCCAACUUCUUCCCCGGUGAAGAGACAUCAGAGCAGCCUUCCCACUGCUUUCCCUCCACAGCUAGAGAGAGAGCAGGUCCGUGAGAAGCUCAUGGCUAUUUUUAACGUCAGGCUUGUGGACAAGGCCAUGGAUAUGUUCCCAAACCUGAUGGAACCUGUGGAACUGGCUGUGGAGAUUGUCAACCUUCAGUCAUAUGGGGGUGUUUUGUGAGUUUUGCUGGCUAUUUUUGGGUUCAUGUUGCUUCUAUUGUUAGGUGACAAUGGAAUGAAAGGAUCUCUGUUGUAAAUGCUAGAGUUGUGUGUCUAAGGGAAGAAACAAGAGUUGGAAAUUGCUAAUGCUGCAUUUUAACCACAGGGCACUGCAGUUAUCAUAUUUUCAGGUGUAAUUGUUUUUGUUUUUUUAAUUAUUUGUUACACAUUUGUUACACACAACUUUCCAGACUAAAUCAGAUAUAAUCCAAAAAAUGGCUGUAAUAUGAAACGGCUAUAAUCCUACAAAACGUCUGAAAUCCAAUAAAAUGGCUAUAAUCCUAUAGAACGGUUGUAAUCCUAUAAAAUGGCUGUCUAAAUACUCCAGAAAGCUGACUUUUAAUAUGUCAUGGGCACAGAUUGAUGCCCUUUUCUACAAUGGGUUUGUGCUAAGAUAUGGCCCUACAGCACGUUUUUGUAUAAACUAGUAAAUGGAGGACAAUACACGGUGUGUAAGGAAAAAUAUUACUUAAAGAAAUCUGAUUUCACAGAUUUAAGACUAUUUUGGCAUUAUCAACAAUACAUAUAAAAUCUCAACAUCCUGAUGCUGUUGUAGAAAUAAUACUUGACAAAUAUUUCUAGUAAGAAUCCUUUCCCCCCUAAAAUAUUACAUUUAGUUUACUUGUCAACAAGUGAAUUAUGGUGAACUUUUGAAAUAAAAUGGAGAAUUCCUGCAUGUACUUUUACCUGUGGUAGAUGUAUUAUUAGAUGCAUUACCCAAGAGCUUGUAGAGUUUUACCUAGUCUUCAGGUCUGGCUGCAUUGCUUUACCAGCAUGUUGGCACAGAAUGUCAUAUUUUACUAUGGUAUAACUUUUCCUUUAUUUAUGUUUAAAGUGUUUGCUUUUUUCCUUUUGCAUGGCAUUUUGACACAUUUACAGUGACAGUUGUUACACAGUGCGUGUUAGGUUUAAAAAUGCACUGUAUCUUGAGAGGGAUACUUAUCUUUCUCAAGAUGGUUAGCUGGUUUAGAGUAGCUUUUGCUAAAUGAGCAUUGAUAAUAUGUGACUAAGGUGACGGGUGUGGUUUCUGUUGGCACCAUGUGCCAUUAACAGUAGUCCUUAAAAAAAAAGGUAGAUGCGAGUACACCUUGUGGGUUCUGAGUAUUUUCCUGCUCAACAUGCUGCAGAGAAUUAAGUAAUCCUUACAUAAUCACAAAGGUGUGUAACUAACAUGACCUUUCUGUUGCAUGAAUACCAGCAGGCGUUCUGAAUUCCACAACACAACUGUAAAUCAGGAUGGCUGCGAGUGACAGUAGGAUAAGAAAGGAAAGCAAUAUAUAGGCCCUAUUCAGACCAAGAUAUUAUGCUUGAUUCACACAUGUAGUUCAACCUUAAAAGCUAUUUCUUUUAGAUUACAUGUGGUCUUUACUAUGUUGAUCAGAGAUUUUCAGAUUGCCAGCAAAGAGCAACAUCACAAGAAUUUUAGGUCAGGUAGUAUAUAAAAACAAUAAUGUAAAAACUGCUAUUUCAUCAUAUUUGAUUAUGCACCUACUGUAAUAUGUGAAACAUAUGUCAGUAUAAACUAUUAUAAAAUAUGUAAAUUUGCUAUGUAUGUUUUCUGUUGAUUAGAUCCCUAAACUUACAUCGUUUGACAUUUAUUGUGUUACAUGCCAAAAUAUUUAUAUAGCUCUUCAAAUAUUGAGAGAAUGCAUCAUUAUGUACUAGAAAUUAGUUAAAUCCCCAAAAUACUACAUGCCCCUCAGUGGGCUGAAUACCAGGAUAUGAUUUUUGCAUAAUUCCAUUUUGUUGUGUGAAAACUGUAUAUUUGAGAAGACGGUGAUGUCCUAGUUAUGUCACACUGCUACAUAAGGUGGUAGCUGGGCAAAGCAGUCUUUUAAUUAUUCAUGUAGAUUUGAUUGACUUGUUCUUGUUCUGGGUGUUCAUAAACAUAAGAUCAUCAGAUGUAUCCAUGUAAAACUCAUGAGGGGACUUGUCUUUCAUAUUUUCUCUCAUGUACUGCAACACGUUCUGCAAGAUUAAGUGGCUUUAACCCAGAUCUCUGUGACUGAGGUUGUGCAUCUGUAUUGUAACUGCCAUCACACUCAAUUGAUGAACCUACAGUGCUUGUCCAAGAAUGUUUCAAUGUGCACAUCACUAACAUUCCGGCCAGUUUUAUAUCAUUCUCUGAUGUCUUUGCAUUUAUAAUCCAAUGACGUCUUCGUUCAAGUACGUGUAUUUGUACUUCUUUCAGCUGUUAACCAUUGUUACAAAAAUAAAUUCUGUAGUUUUAGCUGCCAUGCACCAAAGAAUUACAUUUAAAGCCUCCCUCCCCUGUGGUCUCAGUAGGAUAAAAUUUUUUAUAUUUUACAUUUACAUUUGACAUUUUUGGCAUUUAGCAGACUCUCUUAUCCAGAGCGACUUAAGUGCUUUGUUACCUACUGAUAGAGUGUAAUCUAGUCAGUACAAUAGGUUAGAGUUCAAGAUAUCACUGAACUAGAAUACUGCUAAAUACAGGAAUCCGUGCUGAUAUCUAGAAGUUCACACUAAGCAUAAGCUCAGUAUCAGACAACGAUAAGUGCAAUAUCAAAUAAUUUGUGCUAGAGGGUUCAGUCACUCAACAGCAGUAUAAAAUUUCAUAGGUCCAGGAUCAAUGGACAUUCCACAAAUAGUAUUUUAAUUUUUUGUGUGUGUUAGGAGCUCUGUUGUCCUGACAGCCAUUAAAAGUUUGUUUCACGAUCUGGGUGCCAGGACAGAAAAUAGUCUUAAUAUCAUCAUUUUUAUACUGCUCUUUCCAGCCUUACAUGCCUCUGCUGCCGGUUCAAACAUUGCUAUUAAAGAUUCAAAAUAUUGUAUUCAAAGUGAUGCUGUCUAAGCCCUUUUAUGGUAUUUGUGGUAUUAUGUUGAAUUGCAGCCAUGGUAUGUUGGAUUAGGGUGGGAACAAAUCUCAGCAGCAGGCCAGAGCUACAGGAGAAGGGGUUAUGCAGACACGCAUGGAGGCUCUUUGUCAACGUAUUACCCAUCCCAGACUGUCUCACGUCUGUUGGUGGGUUGGUUUGUUUCUGCUGGUCAUUGGAGGGAAUGCAUUUAGAAUCACCACCUGCAGCGGUGCACCAGACAUGCUGGUCAGAAGGACUUCUCUGCAGCUGCUGUUAGUGUGCAUCACUUUUAUUUCAUACAUACACAGACACACGCAUAUGUGCUCAC